CCGCUCCCCCUCCGUUUGACGCGCGCGCUCUCUCGCUCGCACACAUGUUCACGCGCACCGGAACGCUUCGGAAGAACCGUACGUGGAACAAGAAGACGUUUCCUACUGUACUAGCCACAAAAGACGCUUUUUGCGUGCGUCGAUCUUUGAACGCAACAGUUUGGGUGGGCAUUCCGGAGCGGUGGACGUCGGUCGGGGAGUUUUUACGCGACGCGCAGGCCGAGAACGACGUCACGUUUGCGGCUUUUCAAGCAUCUCAGUGCGGAUCCUGCGAGAAUUUUGCACAGGAGACGCGCUGGCAGGCAGCGUGACUUUGGAGAGUCCAAACAAAAGAAGGAAAAGAGGCAAAGAAGCGGAGCGCGCGGAAGAUAAAGUGGUAAAAAAAAAAAAGUGCAGGACUGGGAUGCGACAAGAAUCAAAUAAGACUCGACUUUGCACGUAUACUGACUCAAGUGUGAUGCAGCGAGAUGGAUUUAUUGACGGAACACUGACGCUCUUACUGAAAGUAUGACAGCCGCAGCCGGCGUGCUGACGGGCUUGGCCAAGCUGAAGCGGCAGGAUUCGGUCCGCUCUCAGCAGCGGCCCGCCGAGGAGGAGCGAGCGCCCAGAAAAGGAAAGCGGCGCACUGACGUGGUGGUGGUGCGCGGCCGCUUGCGCCUCUUCUCCGCUUCGGGGUUCUUCCUCCUGCUGGGCCUGCUCAUCCUGGCUGUCGGCGUGGCCAUGGCCACGCUGGGCUACUGGCCGCAAGCCUCGGGCCUAAGCGGCGGAGGACCGUCCCCGCCGGCGGCGGCGGCGGAGGAGGAGAGCGCCCCCGGGAGCUCCGGCCUAAGUCAAAAGACAGAAGGUCGGGGCGGCGGGCAGUGGCGAGGAGGCGCUCUGGCGCGCUUCCUGGAGCGGCACCGGCACUCGGAGAGGAUGAAGAUGUUCGGGCCCUUCACCAUGGGCAUCGGGAUUUUCAUCUUCAUCUGCGCCAAUGCCAUUCUUCACGAGAACAGAGACCGGGAGACAAAGAUCAUCCACAUGCGAGACAUGUACUCCACCGUCAUCGACAUCCACGGCCUCCGCCAGAAGGCGCAGAAGCAGCACCGCCACGACCCCGGGGACCACGACCCCGGGGACCACGACCCGGUGGCCUUCUCCUCCUGGGCGGAGGAGGAGGAGGCGCUGCUGGCCAAAGAGGAGGAGGAGGAGGAGGCCGGCAGGUGGCGGGCCAGGAUGCGGUGUAGCUUCGCGCCGCCGCUCCACAAGGACCGCUCGUCGCCCCAAAGAGGAGGGCACCGUGCCCGCUCCAUCGUCUCGUCUUCCAUCACGGCAUUCACGCUGCCCGUCAUCAAAGUCAACAACUGCGUCAUCGACGAGCCGGACGCGGAGGCCGUCCCGGAGGAGCCAGGACGAAGCGGGAGGGAUGAGGACAGGUCGCAACCGCCAGGCGUCGCCACGCUGUCUCUGGCGGUCCCGUCGCCGUGCCUGGCCCGGGCCUUCAAAGCGUCGCGCUUGCACCGGAGUCACUCUGCCUCCUCCGUGUCCUCGACUUUGGGCUGCUGGCUUUCCCCCGGCGCGGCGCAGUCCGACUUUGGUUCCAACUCCUCUCUGCACAUGCUCGGCAGCCACACCAAAUCUUUGGACCUGGAGCGCCGGCCCGGCACGCUCGGCGUGCACGGCCAUCAGCGCAAGCACCCCAGCUGGCCUCGCUUGGACGGCAGCAGCUGCGGCUUCAAGGGCUACGCCCGGCUGGAGGGUGGCGGCGGCGCAGGGACGAGGCCGGCGCGGCCGGCGCCGCCGCUUCUGCCACCGCCCGCCGUCGGGCGGGACUACAGCAAGCGAGAGAAGCUGUUCAUGAUAUCCCGUUCGCACAACAAUCUGAUGUUGGAGCGCCACGACACGAGCAGCAGGACCGUGAAGCGGGGCGGCUCAGAAACACGCUUCUAAAACUGAGUGAGUCACCGUUAAAACGCACGGACGGACGGACGGACAGCUGGCUCCAAAGGUGCUUCUGAAAACUCAACGCGCGCACAAAACGCUGGCGGCGACGGGCCAGCGUACGGAUGUCCAAAAUAAAAAAGGUCAACAAUUAAAGAUGUUAAAUCAUCUGAAAUUAGAAAUCAUUUGAAAAAGAAGCAAUCCAUUUGCCCACAAAGUUCAUUGAGGAUCUUUCCAAAGCUGGCAAAGAGUGGCGUUUCCUUCAGGCCGCUCGCCGCUCUCGGGUAAAUGUCACGCCCGUUACGUCAUGCGAGAAACGUGUCGUUCGUGGAUGAAGCAAAACAAAAAAAAAAGCCACUGUCGGCAUGGCAACGAGCAUCACGGGCGACCCCCGCCGUCACUUAUGCUAAAACGGCCGAGGGGGGUUGCCAUGACAACUGGAGGAAGACGAAUUGAAGGGCCAUGGGAAAGUUCUCCAGACAAGACUAUAUUUCUACGUUGCGGAGGAAAAAAACCCUAAAGGUAGCGCUGAGCAGGUGUGAACGGUGGGCGGGCGUCCUGCCAGCUGAUCGAGAAAACAUCGAGCCAGAAAAGUAGACAUGGAAAUGAAUGCCUUCAACGCUGCUCAAAGUGUGUUUGUCCGGCGGGGUCGCUGAUCAAAAGCACGAUGGGGCCAAAAAGAACUGGCUUUGUUUUCACAUUGCGACCUUUGUACGGACGGGCCCGUGCGGCUAAUCUGCUUAGGGAAUCAGCAGAGUGCAAAAGAGCAAAGUUCACGUCAUCGACGACGGCAGAGUGAGCGAGAGCAAGCCGAGCUGAGCAACAACAACAAAAAGCCGCUCAAAUGACAGCUUGCGGUCUUUCCGAGGUCUUCAGCGCCAUAUUGUGACUUUGUGAUGGAGGUGCUGAGCGGGCCCUGGGCCGGCCUGGCUCUGUUUCUGAGGAAGACAGUCACACAGACAGACGGAGACAGGGAGACGACUGACGGCUUCCUAUCGCUGUGCCUCUUGGGCCUGUUCUUCUCCGUCUGCGUGCUCUUGUUGCAACUGGUGCACUAUUUCCAUCAGAAGCUCAGCCAAGCGGAGCUUGAUCUAGCUGGGCUUUCACACGACGGACGCCAGCGCCAUCUACAGGCCGCUCCGCCGCAGUGCACGCGAGAGGAGUAGGAGCGUCGGUGCGCAUGCGUACACCUGUGGAGCACAACUAUGGAAAGAAAAGCAUACACCUCAGAGGAUUACAAUGCUUUAUUUCAAGUGUUACGCACCAAUUGACUUGAAGGGUUGUACGGGCCAAUUAAGUGGCGAGAAAGGAACAAUCUUGGGAGCAAUGGGGCUGCGUG